AUGCUGUCAUUAAGGAAAACUGGCCACAGCAACCUCACCAGGAGCCACCACGGUGUCCCCCCGAGGGAAUCACGGCCACACGUGUCCCCUGACCAGCCAUCAGGGAACCUGCAGAAGGAACAGCUGGACCACAGCCCAGCCCAGCCCAACACCAGCCUCUUCAAGGGCCGGACCCCGGGCAGGCGGUCAGCCAGCCCCCCCGGCCCCACCACGGCCGCGUCCACCCCGUCUGUCUGCUCCAGCGCCCUGAGCUACGAGCGGCCCUGCCUGCCCGGUUCCUGCACCGGCUCCUGCUGGCAGGUGGACGACUGCCCAGAGAGCUGCUGCGAGCCCCCUGCUGCGCCCCCAGCGCUGCGCCCCGGCCCCCGCCUGACCCUCGUCUGCACCCCAGUGAGCUGUGUGUCCAGCCCCUGCUGCCAACCAGCCUGCACCAGCUCCUGCACGGCCCCGUGCUGCCAGCAGUCUAGCUGCCAGCCCUCCUGCUGCACCUGCUCCCCAUGCCAACAGGCCUGCUGCAUGCCCGUCUGCUGCACACCUGUCUGCUGCACACCUGUGUGCUGCGAGCCCGUGUGCUGUGGCCCGUCCCCGUGCUGCCCAGUGGCCUCCGGCUGCAGCCCAGCCUGCCGCGUGCCCAGCCCCUGCCAGGCAUCCUGCUGCGUGCCCGUGAGCUGCAAGCCGGUCGUGUGGGUAACCCCGCCCGCCAGCCCUCCUGCCCUGCCCUCACCUGCAGGCGCCAUGUCAACUUCCCCACGCAGCCCCACCGCCCCCACCAUGGCCGUGCCCACCCCGUCCGUCUGCUCCAGCGCCCUGAGCUACGGCAGCACCUGCCUGCCCGGUUCCUGCACCGGCUCCUGCUGGCAGGUGGACGACUGCCCAGAGAGCUGCUGCGCCCCCUGCUGCGCCCCCAGCUGCUGCGCCCCGGCCCCCUGCCUGACCCUCGUCUGCGCCCCAGUGAGCUGUGUGUCCAGCCCCUGCUGCCAACCAGCCUGCACCAGCCCCCGCACGGCCUCGUGCUGCCAGCAGUCUAGCUGCCAGCCCUCCUGCUGCACCUGCUCCCCCUGCCAGCAGGCCUGCUGUGUGCCCGUCUGUUGCACACCUGUCUGCUGCACACCUGUGUGCUGCGAGCCCGUGUGCUGUGACGCCGCCCCCUGCUCAGGCCCCUCGUGCUGCCAGCCCACCCCCUGCCCCUCGUCCUGCCACAGACCCUCUUCCUCCGCGUCCCUGCUCUGCCGCCCCGUGUGCUCCCGCCUGGCCUGCUGCGUCCCCGCCUCGGGCACGUCCUGCAGCUGA